AUGUCAUCUUGUGCUAUUGUCAAGGCGGAUGGGAGCGGAGGCGUUAGUGUGGCUGUUGUUGGUGGGUUGCCUCAGGUUUUGAUACCUGCUUCGGAGCUGGCUAAGAAUGGCGCUGUUUGUCCCUCCAUGGUGACGGGGUCCAGUUCUGGCGGGGGAAAGAAGGGUUUGUGUGAUUUCGAUUCGGAGUGGCUUGGGUUUUGGAGGCACAGGAGAUGGGUGGGUCGUGCGCAUGCCUGCGCGUGCUGGGUGUGGUUCUGUUGGGAUUGUUGGCUCAGGGCUGGUAUGGAUUUAGAGGGAGUAUUUAUUGGACUCCUUACUUACUUACUUGGCUUGGAGUUGGUACUAAAUUAUCACUUAAUCGUGCUUACUGCACGGAUGAACCGUUGGCUUUCGGUUCUGUACAUUAAUGCUGCCGGAUAUGCCGGACAGUCGGACAAUGGGUCGGACGGUCGGACUUUUCGGAGUUUCCAUUACCCAGAUGUCCUCAGUCUUCACAUCCAAAAUUGCCCAGAUGGUCAUGUGGUUAUCAUGGUUACAGGGGAUGAUAAAAAAGCAGUGGGUGCUCUCAAAGUCAGAGUCGAAAGUCUCGUUGGCAGGGAGCGUCUUGACGCAAGCUAUUGGCACCACUCUUUUUUCACGGCCGCUGGACAACGGUUCCUGCAUCAGGUCCAUAAAACGUGUGGGGCCUAUGUUCGAACAGAUACGAAGAUACAGGCUCUGAGAGUUUACGGCAAUACCAAAAUGGUGGACAAAGCCAAGGAGUUGAUCAAGGAAGAAGUUGAAAGACUCUCGCUUCUGGAGUGGGUUAUUCCCCUCAAACGACAAUCCGUUGGAUACUUCGUGAGACAAGGAUUAGCUGCCUUGAAGGAAGUCCUCGGAGAGGACAAUGUUUCCCUUGAUCUAGCUUCCAUGCCCUGCAGACUGACAAUCAAGGGUGGAGAUGAAGCUCGUCACCACUUGAGCAGGCUUUUGGAUGAAUCACUCACAAACUUCAGCCUGGAGCAAAAUCAUGCAGCGGAUGGGGACGACAUCUGCCUCAUCUGUUAUGACACGGUUCCACACCCUGAAAGCCUUGGUUGUGGACACACAUAUUGCACUGCGUGUCUUCGGCACUAUCUGACCUUGGCGCAAGACACAAAGAAAUUCCCACUCGUUUGUAUGGUCGCCUUCCUUUCAUAUCUCGACAAACAUCCACAAGAGCUGAAGUACUGCACAACUCCGGAUUGUAGUCAGAUCUAUCAAAGUAAUUCAACCAAAGCAGUCCUCCAGUGUCCUUCUUGCUUAUCAACGAUCUGUCCUUCGUGCCAUGAGGAAGCUCACGAGGGUAUAACAUGUGAUGAAAGAAAGUUUUACAGUAGCCCGGCUGAACAAGAAAGGUUGACCAACGAGUGGGCUGCUAUGAAUGGUGUCAAGAAAUGCCCAACCUGCGGUGUCUGGUUAGAGAAGACGGAAGGAUGCAACCAUAUGUCGUGUAAAUGUGGCGCUCACAUUUGCUGGAGGUGUAUGGGUGUCUUCACUGCAGAAACAAUCUACGCCCACAUGGAGACAGAACACGGAGGAAUAUACGACGUUGCUCCACAGUGGAUAAAUUAGCCGGAACCAAACAAUGUUCACGCACCUGUCGCUGACAACCAAUUUCUUGAGGCACAAAGAGCGGAAUUCCAACUUCUGGAACUUCAGCGUCAAGCGGCGGCACUGAGACGGGCGAGGGAAGAGGAACGGGAGGGUGGAGGUUGGGGUUGUACUAUCAUGUAGUGUAACGGAUUUGCCAAGAUAACGGAAGGAGCCCAAUUCAUGAGUCU